AUGGACUUUGACACGGAGCCAAAAACACCGCCGUCUCUGCCGCCGGCUCCGCCAGCUCGAACGGUCUCCUCGAACCCGAAAGUCACCUUCAAAGGAGCCCAAUCAUGGCGUGAAUCCGUCGGAAUGUUCCUCGCCCUCACCCUCGCCAUCUCAGUUGCCGUGAGUUCUUUCCAUUCUUCUUUUUCUUUUCCCUUUGCUUUUUCCCUUCGGUCACGCUCUUCUACCUUGUGAUUGGACUCGUCUCUUUGAAACGGAUAUGAAAAGGAUAGAAAAGGGGAAGUUAGAGAGAAGGUGGAUUAUGCACACAUGAAUACAGAUUGUGUUAUUUCUGCAAAAGAACACACUUUUUCGAGGACCAAUUUUUCCGGCACACUGCAACUUUUGACUCAUCUGGCUUUGAGAACGGAAAAAGAAGGGAUGAUGGGGAAAGUUCCGGGAGUGAGUAAGGGAGGGUAUAAUCGGGAGGAUUACUCACUGAAGAAAGUGUCAGAUGAGUGAGCAGGUCACGGACACGUGCUUUUUCGCAAAUCAACUAGAAGUUCUGAGCAAUUUGGGAAAAGCCGCGCUCACAGAACGUUGCGCGGAUCUUUUCUGGGAAGGCGUGUCUCCGAAUUGCUGGUUAGAAUGACUGGGAACAGAAUGAUUCUCUGGGAAGUUCUUAUGACGAACAAAAUUUGAAUAACCGCCAACGGUCAAAUGGUUGUCACCAAAUUGGCUACGUAGCGACUAGAAAGCGUUGAGGUGAUACGGAAUUUCUGUAUGUUUUAUUAGUUAGCUCUUGGGCAAGCCUUUUCGUAGCGUGCUUGACACUCCGUGCAACCAAAAACACAUCAGUGCUUAAAUAGUGAACUUUUUAUUGUUGUUCUUCAUCCCCUUUUUAUAUACACGAUAAAUGUCUACAACAAGAAUGGCAAUCAACAAAUAACAUUAAUGAGAAAAACCGGAGAACAAGUAGUUUAGUAGAUCGGAAGAGACCCGUUGAGCAGAACUGGAGUUUGUACAAGCAUGAAGUUGCGGCCGGGAUACAGUAGUCAGACAGAGCACAUGGAUCAGUCAGAAUCAUUAGUAAUAGGCCGAGAGACAGCGUCUGAAUCCUCUUCUCUUCUCCUCGACAGUCCUCUCUCGGUAAAAGCCCGCAACUUUCACGCAAAAGUAAGGGCUCUCGCAACUUUUACACAAAAGUAGGCAGCCUCGCAAAGUUUGCACAAACUUUAAAAACUCCGCAAAGUUUGCGCAAAAGAAGGGAAUCGUUCGAAAUUUUUUGCGUCAUGCAGCAUACCUGCAGUAAUUUUUCAUGUUUUUCUCACGUUAUACGCGUAAUUUUUACAUUGUUCUCGCUUAUUUACUGGUUUUUCGAUUGUAAAGUGCAUCUAAAUAGAAUGUCUGCUUUUUCUAGACGGGUUGACAAACGAUUUUGUCUGUUCGGAUUCGAAGUCGACUAAUAUCCGCGGCACCGACUCGAUUUCGUGAACAUUUCGUGAAAAGUAACAGAAGAGUAUGACUGAAACAUGGUUCCGUAGACCUGCAUUCGUUCGAAAAAGGCAGAUUCGUGAGUUUCAAUGAAACCAAAAUGAAAAAUGGGAAAAAGGUAAUGUUUCAGAAGAAUCUAUUGACGUUUUCAACAGCACGUAUCCGCAACGUCAGGAAAAACGCGAAAUUCGUGUCAAUGGGCGAGAUGGUAAGUGGUACUUUCGCAGAAUAGUAUUAAUACCACUCUACCAUGUACUAAAUGAAUUCCGUGGCAAAUUGACAAAAGUAAAGAAGGAAAUGAGGGAUUGCGGUAGAACGAAAAAUCCAGAGUCUCAAACAAAACCGAUCAUAUUGAACUAAACAUGGCACAUUACAGGAACAGAAAACGGCUGCACUUCUCGCGAGGAUGACCGGCAAGGAGAAUCGUUUAAUUCGAACCCGAACGUCGAACAGUUGGCGAAUUCAGAAGACGAUGACAUCUUGGAAGGUAAAACUGGUGGUCACAUGUUGUCACUUCUCAAUUUUCUGUAUGUUAUUGUUAAUGUAAUUUCAAAGACGGAAACAGUUAGUUAGUGUUACGUAAUACUGAUAGAGAAAGGUAAAAGUUCAAGAUGUUUCACGAGAAGAUCGCAGUUGUACACCCAUUUGGGAAACCGUGGACGGAUCACUGGGUUCGUUUUCCAUCAGAGGCAUUCGAUGAACGUUUGAUCAGCCAGGGAAGACGCCUUAAACUACGUCACAUCAGUUUUCGUGUUCAAUAACAUCUCGUUUAAUUUGGGAAAAGACAUUUUCGCAAUUUCUAAAGUCCUGCGAUCGUACCCAGACAUUACUGUGAGUUCUCGGAUAAUAGCAAAUAGGGCUAACGUAUUUUUCAGCUUGCCGAAGUGCGUAAAUUGGAGAAUGAGUGGGCUGACUUUGAUAAUCGAGUUUAUUCUUGCUGCGUUAGCUGCAGCACACUCUUAUCGGAUGAUAAGAAAUGUCGGAAUGCGACUUGCCAACGGUUCAUGCUCAGUCAAUCUAAUUUAGCUGGCGUCAAAACGAUGAUCACCUUUUCCAUUCGCGAGCAAAUUCAAGAAUUACUGAACCACGGAGUUUUCGGUGCCUCGCUGCUGGUAAUGUGUGCUCAUAUUAGUUCUUCCCAAAAAUAUAUACACAGACUCGCGAAUCGGGCCAAUCACAACUUUCUCGGCGAACAUGUGACACUCCGAAGUAUAAGCGACAUUUGCGCCAUUAUAAAUCCGAGAACCCCGACAAGUUGACUUUGUUAUUGUCGUUAAAUAUCGACGGCUUCCGAAAGAAAGGAUGUUCUAGGUUUCUAGCGCCCCUCCUCAAAUAUUCUGAAGUCUUUUUCAUUCAGAGGCGAAAUCUGGCCGCUGUUCAUUGCGGCGCAUGAUGUUCACGAGGGAUGUGGGAGUUUCCGAGAGUACAAAGCGGAAUACGUGCUUCUUUCUGCCAUCAUGCACUCAUCCGAGAAACUUUCAUCUUCCGAUUUUUCAGCAAUUUUUGAAAGAUUGAGCUCGGAGAUGGCAUCCACCGAAUCGGAUCCUCUCGAAGUUGAAUUGAAUGGUAAAAUGUAUCCGGUUCAAUUGAAACUAUUCAAUUGUGUUCUCGAUUUGGACGUGAGUGUGUCCUCUCAAGCCGUCUCCGAUAUCAGAUUCAGGCGUCUCGUAAAAUCCACAAAUUGCCUGUCUGGCAGUCUUAUAACUCCUGCAGCAGAUGUGAUAUCGUUGGAUUCAAUAUUCAGACAAAGAAAGGACGAAAAAUCUGUUGGUUUCCUAAUGGUCCCGUCUCCAAUUAUGACGAAAGUAGUGUUGUCCCCAGUAAGCUUACUUCGCUCUUCGUUUGUAAUUCGGAAAAACUUAGAAUUGGCUAAAACUACUCUCCCUCCUCCAUGGAACGACGGGUACGACGGUUUACAUUUGAUCAAUGAAGGGACCUCUAGAGAUAUUCUGAAAGACGUUCUCGGAAAUUGCGAGAAAAUGGGAUUCAAUUUGUCGAAAGACAUGAGGAAAGCCUGGGGGGUCAGUUUCAUAUGAAUAUGUAUGGUUUACCGGUUUCUAAGGAAGCACUGGAAGGUUCUCGGAAUCCGAAGGGAAUGUGCUCAGCAAUUCUUAUCGACCCGUUGAUUCUCACGUCUCGAACUGGGAGUGAAGUGCAGACAGUUAGUUUCUAUUGCAAAAAGAAGACCGGGUUGAUCGAAUUUAAGAUGUACGAUAUUGCUCUGCCCACUCUUCUGCUUGUCCACGGCGGCGAUGACCUCUGGUGUGUCGCGCUGCUGUUGCACUGGCUGGCGACCAGAGUGAUCACAGAUAGUCAUCUGUGCGAAGAUCAGUGUGAUGCACUUGACGGAAUUCUACCCACAAUUCGGAAGUUGUUCGGCGAACGUUUCCAAGUGUUCUACACGAUGAAAUUUCACGUGAUAUGCAGUGGUGGUAUCUCUGAUCUUGUUCAUUUUUAGUUUGUUUUCGACCACAUGGUUACUACUCUGAAAGUUGAUGGAAGCCCGCGCGUGAGUAGUGCCGCUCCGUUUGAGCGACUUAACCAAGUUCUCGGCCGAAGCUCCGACGCGCACACAACACGCAACUUGAUCGAUAUGGCAAAACGGUUCUCCUCUUUGGAGCGUGCGAUUUACGAGUCCAAAAAAGCUAUCAGAAAACCGGAAUGUCCCGUUUCCUAUCCAGCCACUAUGACAGCAACCAUUAGUGAGCCCGGAAAAGUUUCUGGUAGAGUGCGGAUAGACUCUGAGCCGUUAAGUCUCGAAGAACGACAGUUUCUCGGAGAACUCUCUUGCAAAAUCAGACAAAUGAGGUAGGAAAAGUGUGUGAAUCAUCGUUGAAAUCACGUCUUCAAUAGAAACACUUUCGAGACGGCUAUAUUAACUAUUGGAACACGAAGGAGCUGCGAGGAUGUGGCAGCGCAUAACUGCUACGUUUACUUCUUUGAUAACAGAAGCCGGACUCAGUUCGCAAGUGUGGAACGUGUCAUUCUAGAUGAGAAAGGCGAAUGGCUAGUGUUAAUCCGUGUUUUUGACACAGUUCCACCGUUCAGUAAUGUUUUUAAAUUUUUGAACCAAUCCACGAGUCUGAUACCUGUAAAUGGGUCACAACUGAGAUCUUCUUGUGAAAAAUUGAACAGUUACUACAGACAAAUUGUAGGAACCCACUUUGAGCUCAAAAAUGUUUCCGUGUUUGAAGGAUAUUGUAGUUUGUUAGAGUUUGAUUGUAAAUCGUUUGUUUCUCGGUUUUAAAAUGAAUAUUGGAAUUAAAGUUGUUGCCGUUAUAUUAUAAUUUAUGUCAAGGUCACUUGCGAUAUCGACAAUAAAUGUGAAAGAUUCCAAUCUGUCACGCGCCACUAAGAGUACGUAGUUGCGCGUAGAAUAAGGCGCCCCCGCGCAUUUACACUGUUUUCGUCCGCCCGCCAAAUUCGGGUGUUGUUUUGAUUGUUUACUACUCGAUUGUGAUCUCUCGUGUUAGUUACCAUUCAUUUCUUUCGUUCUCAGUUGUAGUAGUGUCCCCAAUUUUAUGUUAACUGGACUAAUCCAAUUACAGAUGCCACGUCCUGUACGGAAAAUUGUGAAGAAACAAGUGAAUCCGAAGGCCUCUACCGCCGCCCCGCCCACUAAAGUGAGAAAUGAGGGGAAAAUUGGCCAACAUUGUUCUCAUGAUUUCCAGAAGCACAAGAUUCAUUCGGAGCACCCUCUUCCACAAUCAAUUCGAUUGAAUCGAGAAGAAGAGUUCGAAGAAGAAGAAUCCGAUGGGGAAAUUGAGGUGGAACACGAGGACACACUCGAUAACCGCCGUCCUGCACGGAAAAUUGAGAAGAAAGAAGUGAUUCCGAAGGCGCCUACCGCCCCGCCCGCGAAAGUGAGAAAUGAGGGGAAAAUUGGCCAACAUUGUUCUCAUGAUUUCCAGAAGCACAAGAUUCAUUCGGAGCACCCUCUUCCACAAUCAAUUCGAUUGAAUCGAGAAGAAGAGUUCGAUGAAGAAGAAUCUGAUGGGGAAAUUGAGGUGGAACACGAGGACACACUCGAUAACCGCCGUCCUGCACGGAAAAUUGUGAAGAAACAAGUGAAUCCGAAGGCCUCUACCGCCGCCCCGCCCACUAAAGUGAGAAAUGAGGGGAAAAUUGGCCAACAUUGUUCUCAUGAUUUCCAGAAGCACAAGAUUCAUUCGGAGCACCCUCUUCCACAAUCAAUUCGAUUGAAUCGAGAAGAAGAGUUCGAUGAAGAAGAAUCCGAUGGGGAAAUUGAGGUGGAACACGAGGACACACUCGAUAACCGCCGUCCUGCACGGAAGAUUGAGAAGAAAGAAGUGAUUCCGAAGGCGCCUACCGCCCCGCCCGCGAAAGUGAGAAAGGAGGAGAAAAUUGGCCAACAUUGUUCUAAUGAUUUUCAGAGGAGCAAUAUUAAGUCGGAGCACCCUCUUCUACCAUCACCUCGACCAUCACCUCGAAGCCAUCACCUCGAGCAUCACCUCGAAGAGCUCGAAGAAGAAGAAUCCGAUGUGGAAAUUGACGUGGGACACGAGGACACACUCGAUAAGCGCCGUACAGCCGGGUACUUCAGUAUUGGCCAACACUUGAAAGGAAGAAAAGAAGAAAUGACUGUCGGAGGUAAGCGAAAACAUAACGAAAAAAGAAACGAUCGAUAAUAUUACAGACCAGCUCCGAGAAGCAAUUCGAAGAGAAAACUGCGUUGAUAUUGGUAAAGUAUUGCGCACGGGGUUCCAACAACGGAGCCUUUCAGAGGUUCAAGUGCAGGUAUCGCAUACUAUGUACAUCUUCGUCUCAAUACUGUGAGCUUCAGGAGAUUGCUGCAUCUUACAUCCGCCCACGCUUCUCGCUCGCAACUUACUGUGAUCUGGUUGAUAGAAGUAAUGCCGAUGAAGUGAAGAGCAUAAUCGUGGCUCAGCAAUUUUUGGUUUGAACAUAGUGAGAAGAUGAACACCUCGAAAUCCUAUGAUUCAGGCGCAAUUUCCAUCCGUUGAGACCAAGUCUAUGGCUAAAAUGAAGGCAUCUAUCAAUUCGCUGUCAAGCAAUGUUGCAAAACACCACCAUGCGCAAAAACUGAAGAAGAGACGCCUCGAUGUGGCACAUGUGAUUCCACAGACCGCCGAGUUUCCGGCUCUGAAUUUGUCGAACUUGUACGAUCGCUGCGAACUGUUUGGCGACACAAAUGUGGUACAAUUGACUAUUAUCUAUCAGAAAUUGUUGAGAACUGUAAGAAAGCAUACCAUUUCACGCAUUUAAUGGUAUUGUUCAGGCAUUGCAACCGAAUCAUAUGAUCUGGCUGUACAGUCAUCGUUACCGAACAAACAAACAAGUCGAUGGAAACUUCCGGGCGCUCCCGGAUAUCGUUACAAACGGACUCAUCGGUGUGGCAGAAAGAUCUAUUCUAGGGAUAACUUUUCAUUGCUUUCAGAUUUUGGUCUUGACGCCAGCAAGGCAUAUCUUCCUGAAGAUUUACUUUUCGGUCCAUUCGACACCAACCACCCGUUCGUUCAAGCAUCUCAUAACGUACUUAUAUUGAAAGUUUUAGGUUCUUGGAAACCAUUCCCUUAGAAGACAGAGAACAAGAAGUGUGCAGAAGACGGGCGUACCGGGAGACAAUCAACCCCGAAGUUCAUUUUGCAAUUGCUCAAUCGCUGUAAGUAUUGCUUUUCUUUUGACUGCUCUAAUAAGAAAUUCAACAGGCGUAACCUUCGAACGCACCACCUCGAUGUCGAGUCAGGAGAACUUGUCCCAUGCACGGUGAGUACUUCCUUUCGAAUGGAAAAUUGUAAUGAUAGGUUUCAGGGAAGACUGAACUGCGUGGAUCACAUCCGUUGGGACGCGGCGAAACGCUAUCGCAAGAGCUGCAGGUUCAAACGAAUCAACGACGACAUUUCCGACGCGCACAUGCUGUGGAGAAAGUACGGCUGCGUGCAAUCAUUUCUUCAUAAGUUAAUAAUUUCAGACUGAACGAAGAGUGCGUGGAGCAAAGAGAGGCAGAAUUUGAAGAAGAACUGGAUGCUGAGGGCCAAUCACCGAGCAAUGACUACAUUAAUCACGUAUUCCAGAACGGAGAAGAUUAAGUACUUUUUCUCUCAAUUGUUCCUCAUAAUCAUAAUGUUCUGUUAUGGUUUUCUUGUAUGAACUCUUGUUUUUUUCGUUAUUUACUACAUAAACGAGAAGAUGAAUCAGGGCAGUAUUCAGGGGCAUACAUUUAAUACACAACUUUGGCGCUAACUCUACGCAAACUUUGCGCUAACCUCACGCAACUUUAGCGCUAACUUCACGCAAAGUUUGCGCACUUUAAGAAUAGACUUUGCGUGAAGUUAGCGCUAAAGUUGCGUAAGGUUAGCGUAAAAGUUGCGGGCUUCUACCGAGCUGGAUGGCCGCGCGGACUGCCUGUGAUUGGUGAGCCUCGGCGGCGGUGAGAACGUCUUGAUUGAUGUGGAACAUGUUCCGGUUUGAAUUGAAAGUAAGCGGAAUGCCCCACUCUCACCUGCUCCUCUUUUAUAUUGGCCGACUCAGGCGCCGCCCCAUUUAUCCAGCCGAGCGAAGCGCCCGUGUUGGUCAUGAGGCCGAAGAGAGUCAUGUCUAAUUAAUCAGCAAGAGCAGAAGAGAGCAGCUGCGGAGGAUUAAGGACUCUGGAAAACGGAAAAAUAAGUACUGUAGGAUUUGAGAAAUUCAGUUUUCCAAAAAGCCAUGGCUUUUGGAUAGAUUUUGAUUUCAUUUGUUUCAACUGAAGGCAUUACUGAUAGGAACAAUCCAUCUCCACUUCAUGGGCCGGUGAUUUCAGAAAUGUAACCAAACUAAUCGGAUGGAAAUUAACGAGUUCGUUCGACUGAAAGAGUGUACUUUCUUGCAGUUUAUCGCUCUCCAGGUUAAAGGUUGUCUUCAUAGCUGAACAAAACUUUAAAAGUCAUUUCACUGUUCUCAUUUUUUGCUUCAAACUUUCAAAACGAACGCAACCGCUCCUGUUCGAAGAGUCAAUUGUGCUCCUUCGAAGACACAUGAUAUUCAUUGCUUCGGUACUAGACAUUGAGCCGGUCUCUACGCCGGAAAUUGUCUCUGUCUGAUAGACAAGACAGAACAUACACAAAUAAAUGAGUUUAUUCUAGAGGUGAAGAACCCGAAAUGAAUGAGAUUGACAAAUAUGUGCGAGAUCGGAGAGAAACCGUAAUGUUUCAAAGGGUUUGCCUGAUGAGUGACGUCAGUGGAGCGAAGUAAAGCUGCGUCGGAAUCCACGACGUCGGUCCUCGAGGCCUCGCUGGAUGAUCUUCUUCUCUCCGUUGCUCGGCUGUCGGCUCACCACAGUCUUCUUGACCAUCAGAUCGGCCAUGUUGAAGUUGUGAAUGUCUUGAUGGAUGUGGAACAUUUUAACAGAAGAAGAAGAAGAGAAUGUGAAAAAAUUAGUGCUCAAGUGUGAUUCUUUCCUUUUCGUUAUCCCAGUUAUAUAGUAGCGUCGUGGAAUCAGAGGAAGCUCCGCCUCUAGAAGGGAGGGGACAAUGAUAUCAGAGAUUAAGACGAGAGCCGAAAAGAGGCGGAAAUGGCACAUAUUCAUUCACUUUCUGACCUCGAAACUGAGAGGGUGGAGAGCGGAUUAGGAAUUACGACUGAUGAGUGUUCGGGCAAGAGUUGCGGAAAAGGAAAAGGGCUUUUGAAAAGGUACAAUGUAACGUGGAUUCGGUAAGGAAUAGUGGGAUUGGGCAAACUCAUCAGUACAUUGAAGUACACUGUAAGCUUCUAAGCCGUCAACGAGAAUGUUCCAUUCAUCCAUCCAACCCCGCACUCCACGACAUGUUUACUCUCAAAUACAGUAAUCUCCAUUUCUAAUAUUGAUAAUCCACAAUGUUGAGUCAAUUAAUCACCCCACUACACUCUGCCAGACGUAUGUUCACAAUGCGACCCAUUCAAAUUCGCUCGGUUUUGAUUUCAUUCCGAUUCUCUCUCUCUCUCUCUCUCCCACUUGUCUAUUAGCGGAUUAUCACUAAUCCGCCCGUUGUUUCCACAGUUUCGGAACCCCCUCAAUCCCGAAAAUCCAUAGAUGAGCACGGGAUGACGGUGUCCGCGAGCCGGCUAACGAGAAAGAAACAUCCCGGAGAUGUACACGUGUCGAUGACGGCGAGUGCAUGUUUGUUUAGAAAUUUAGGAAUCGGUCAACAUGAUCCCCACGCGAUUACUCGCUAAUUCCGAGAAGGGCACGCUUGCUAGAUCAAAUUUAUCACUUCGAACUCAUGCAGCUAUUUUCAGAUAUCCACCGUAAUCCUGGUCGCCUACGCUUGGAGAGACAAGCAAGUCUACGAGCACAUUGUCGACUUCCUCGACAAAACGAUCCAGAUCUCGAAAAUCGCGGAACGACCCUUCCUAGGCGUGUACCAACUGACGGAGAAAGAGCUGGAAGUUCUUGGAAACGAACGGACGGUAGGUUGGAUGGCGAAACACUUUUCGAGUGUGUUUUGGACUGAAUGAAAGGAAAGGCUUGUAGCUGCGAAAUGUUCUUAGUAUUGCGCGAGAAUGUCAGAGCCAAACCCCUAAAAGAACCAGCUCAAAACACGAAUUCUGGGAAAUGUUAUUUUGAAAUCGAAAUCACUUGUAUUCUGUUUACAUUCUUGACUCGCAUAGGCGAACAAAACAUCUUAUUUUCAGUACAAAACGUUGCUCCGCUGCUACUUGCUCUCCGAGCUCGGCGUCUUCGCCUUCAUCGCCAUCGCCGCCAUCCUCUACUUCAGCUGCGACGUCUCCAGCGGAACGAAGCACGUCGUCUACUGGGUCCGUCCCCUUUUCCAUUCCUAUUCUCAUUCACAUUCUCUUCUCCAGAUCGCUCUCGGCUGCGGAGUCAUCUACGCGGUCAUUCAGGUGCAUCUGUUCACUUUCGCCCUAAUGCCCUACUCGAGCAUGCUGCCGAACGACACCGAAAAGCUGCUGAACCACGCGAUCCCGCACAAUGUCGGCGGCAUUCAGCAAAUGGAGAUGGGACUCGGGUGCACUUUUGAUCUGAAUCUGUACGAGGCGAACAGAAGAAGGCUAAAUCCGAAAGUGAGUUUUGAAUUUACAAUCCGAAAAUUCUAUUUUCUAUUUUGGGAGCCAACACAAAAUGAGAUCAUGUUGAAAUGGGAUUAAUUUCAGAACACUUGCGAUCCUCAAAUCGAGUCCUCGUUCAUUCCGAAGUACAUGUUCAUCACUCUUCUCGCGAUCCGACUCCUUCCAAUCAUAAUCGGAGUUCUCUUGGCCGCCAAAAGGACUCCGCUCUCCGAGGGCAUCGCCCAACUCGUUGAGAAACUGCGAAGGAACGAUAAGAAAAGGUUCGCCUCUUCCUGAAUACUUAGCCUAGACCGUAGUUUCAUCCCGUCCCUUUCUAGGUUAUACGUUAAGAAGCAACAACGAACCACAACCACUUUUGACGGAGAGCACGUGAGCAAGAGCACGACGUUCGGAGUGGAAUCCACGCCGCCCAGGUACGCUUCGAUUCGAUUCGAUUAGCUAACGCAAGCAAGCAGAACACAAAACGAUUACACACUAGCGGAAAUCCUAGAUUUGGAAGCGAGAAACUAACGAGAUUAUCCCUAUAUCCCGGAUUGGUACGGAUAAUUGGAUGAUAGAGAAUGAGUGGAGGGGGAUAGACAAAAUAAACAUCGAAUGAGAUGAGAUGACAUGGCAAUGUGUUUCAGAAUCACGUCAACGCCACUUCCGCCUGUUCCUUCGCCCGCUCAGAUCGACCACAGUAUCAGGUAGUUGAGAAGAUCCCCUUUUUUCUGAAUUCAUUGCAAAUGUUCAGUUAUAACAACGCCGCGUACUUUGCAACUUCCGGCGCCUUCUCCUCCAGAUCCAGCGACAUAUCCCGUAUUGAUGCAAACGAACUUUUCAAGUGAGUCUUUUCUCUGCUCUAGUUUCACCUUUUAAACUUCUCAAUUCAGAAACCCAAUCAAUCGGCAUCCGUCUGGAAGUCUUCAAUCCGAAGUUUAA